ACUUCUAGUCAAUACCUACGUCAGUUACAUUCCAGACAUAAAUUGUGUGUUUUUGGAGAAGUUUAUUGUUUUUUUUUUUUAACUUUAAAAAGUGGUGAAAGUGAAAUAAAUGAAACGCUUAAUUUUUUGGUUUAAUUAGUUCUUGGAAUGAGAAAAGGCGCGAGGUCUGGUGGAGUGCGACUGAAUCGGUGCGUCUGUGUAGGCGCGUGUAAAAGGUCCAGCUGUCGGCGCAAUGGGGAAAAGGCUGGGCGUCGGUCUUUUGGCCUUACUGGCGGCUUAUGACGUCGUUGUUGGACAGGGCGCCGAAAAAAGACGCACUGGCAAUGUAUGUCACGUCGAUAUGGACUGCCCUGACAAUGCGUUCUGCCGGCAGGGGAGCUACUGCGUUUGCAAAGACGGCUUCGUUUAUGCUGCUAUCAAUUCCACUCAUAAAGGCUGCCUCAAAGAGGCUAAAAUAGGCGAAGAAUGCGUGCAGCACAUACAGUGUCAUUCCACGAUGGGCGUACAUUCUGAGUGCGCAAACGGAUUAUGCGCGUGCGUCGCCACAGCGCAUUUGGAAGACGAUAGAUGUUACGAGACGGCUGUGAUCGGUGAGCGUUGCGUCGUAGACCAGAACUGCUACUUAGGAGAGCGUGGCCCGGAGCGACAGGCGUUCUGCGUACGCGGGUAUUGCACCUGUCAGCUGCAAUUCAGCCCCAGAGACAACGGAACCAGGUGUGUUCGUGACGCCACACUGGGUGAGGAGUGUGAGGACCAGUUGCAGUGCGCUGGCCCGGGACUCGAGUGCCGCGGGACUUGCCGCUGUCGGGACCACUGGGUGGCUCACAACGAGACCAACUCCUGUGUAGAAUCUGUGAAGGCGCUGAACGAGCCGUGCGAGUACGACGUGCAGUGCGACGCGCUGGCGGGCGCCGGGGCCGCGCGCUCCCCGGGCGCGGCGCUGUGCCUGGGCGGCGCGUGCGCCUGCGCCUACAGCGCGCGCCCCGCCGGCGCCCCCGCGCGCUGCUGGCACCGCCGCCGCCCCGGACAGGACUGCACCAGGGACGAGGAAUGUGUAUCGGAAGAAGAUGAGCCAGGUUAUUGCCUAUCCGGCCGUUGUACUUGCAAGACUUGCUCGCCCGACGCCAGUGACUUCGGCGGUGCGGGCUCGCUUCCGCGGCCGCCAUUUUACGCCGCUGCCAUCUUAUCGAUAGCCGCCGCCAUUUUGACUCACUGACGCUGCAAACCAAUUGGCAUAAGUUUAGAUACUACGUAUCAAGUCGGGUCAGUGUGCAAACAAAAUACAUAUAUGUAAAUAGAUGAUAUGGUCAUCGAAUGCAGAAUACUGAGACAACGAAAGAAGCUAAUUCAGAAAUGAUUAUAAUACAGGAAAAAUUUAAUCAGUGCACCUAAUUUAAUUGUACAUUUUAGAACAAACAACAAGUUAAAAAAUUAUAACAUUUAUUUU